GAAAGAAAUGCUGGCCGUAUUGAAGAAGUUCUUCUUGAUCAAGUCAGAGUUGUUUGGAAAGGGCAGAUUUUGCCAGUUUGGAUUCAGAAGUCUAUGUGUGUUUACUUGAAAGUCGUUGAUAUAAAACCUGAGGCACCAUGUGUGAUUUUGGAGAACAAUACAGAAGUUCAUGUAGCACCCAAGUUGCGGGCGAGCAUCCCACCAUCUACAUUGAAUCUGCCAUCGAAGAGCACAGUAUAUACAUCAAGGCAGGCAAAGAAAGAACUGCCACUGCAGAAUUCUAUACUUUCCAAUCGGUUGCAUCAGUUCAAAUCUAUGGACUCAGCUUACAAGCAAAGACAAGACCAGUUGACUAGCUCAUCUGAGUAUGAAAACAUAGACAUACUUGAGCCCAAGCCACUCACGUCAAGCCCUGUCAAAAGUCCACGGUCAAGUGUGAGAAGAAACCCAUCAGUUCACUCAGUGAGAAUGUCAUCGGUGGUUCAAAGACAGUCCUCGUUGAUGGGAAGUUUUAUGAAAUACCUGCCCAGUAUCUUCAUGGCUGAUAGGAGGGAGCAGGUGGACAACUUAUCUGACUCAGACCGGAGUUCCUUCAUAGACUUUCCACUGAAGAACCUACCCUCCAGAAGCGCAGUCCUCAGAGUCCAGUCCAUGGGGUUAAUCCACAGGCUGGCUGAUUUCUUCUCCCUCAACAAAGCAGAGCUCAACAAACAAAUUGUGUCUCGGUCAAUCUUUGGGUAUGGAAGCAGUGUCCGUCAGCCAUCAUAUAAAGAGAACCUGGAUGACCAGAAAGACUACAACACUCCACUAGAGGUUUUCCAACCUUCUACUGUGUACAUUGAUGCCGAGUUUACCAAGAACGAAAGGCUGGUACAUCCUUACUUGCCUCAUCUUCCAGAUAAUUUCAUUGCAAGAUUGCAGAAGCUUCCUUCCCCACAACAGAAGGCAAAUGCCGGACAAAAAGCUGGUAAACAGGUUAAGACCAGCAAAACGGGGUCAGGAAAUGAAUCAUCAAAGGCUGAUAUAAUGGAAGGCAUUGAUGAUGGAAAUCCAAAUCUGGGAUCAGGGGAUGUAACUACCUCAGGAGGAAGUUGUUAUGUAAGAGUAGUGUCAAUUGACAGAAAAGCAGGACUUACAGAUAAAGUUUGGCAGAAGGCAGCAGAUCAUGUUUUAAGUAACCAGCCUUUGUUGUAUGGUCAUGUGAUUGUACCUGAUUUGUUGAGGCGGCAGCUGCAUUUGGAAACUGCAAGUUUGGUUUGGAUACAGACGGGUACAGUUGACUUUGUCAUCCCACGCAGAAUUCACAUCUAUCUCCUGUCUUCACUGCCAAAAACAGUUAACAAUGAUUUGAUAAUAAUGGCCUUCAUUAACUACAUCCGGAAUUGUGCAGAUGAGGAGCAUCCUUUGGUUGUGUUCCAGGGCAUCUUUCUUAGAUUUGUGAUUUUCCCAGAUGUCAUUGCAGAAGUGCAGCUGACUUUUUUUGGAGAGAAUGACGCUGGCAAUAUCAAGGCAGUGACGAUGCUGAGUGAAUCCAACAUUGAAAUGGUUCAGAUGCUUGUUGAGCGUGGAGAAGCCUGGGAAGACAAGAUGAACGUCAUCAAUAAAAUGUUACCUUACUGCCAGACUGUUGAUUUUGACCCAGUACCUAUUCCACAGAAGUUGAAGCAGCUAGGAGGAGUGGACACUUUGGUUCAACAAGCUUUGCUGUACCUGCAUGCCAGUUUGGCAUCCAGACCUCUUAGCCGUUAUUCCUUCCAAGUUCGAGGUGGACUUUCUCACGGCAUCCUGCUGAUUACGGGGCCCAAGGGAUCGGGCAAGUCAUCAUUGGUGAAAGGGCUGUGCCGCAAAAUGGGGCAUCCUCCAGUUCUGGCUUAUGUAACACUGCUGGAUUGCAAGACUUUGAGAGGUAAAGCUGUUACUACAAUACAAAAGAUUUUGGAGAUGACCUUCGAUGAGGCUGCCUGGAGAGAACCAGCAGUGGUCGUGUUAGAGAAUCUAGAUGUCAUUGUACCAGCUGCCUCUGGCCCAGAGACUGAGAUCACUGGAGAAGCUCUCUACUCUACCAAAAAUGCACAAGUCCUGGAAAAUGUGGUCAGAUAUGAGAUUGAGAACAACAGUCGAGUGACCGUGAUUGCCACCAGCACAUCUCGAUCAUCUCUCCACCCAAGCCUGGUAUCUUCCAGGGGAAUGCACUGCAUCCAGCAGACCCUCAACAUUGGCUCCCCUGACAAGGAUGCCAGAGAGAAGAUCCUUCAGUGUAUACUCCAGAGACACAGUAGUGUGACUUCAGAAACUGUGAAAACUUUAGAUGUGUCCUCCAUAGCCGUGAAAACAGAGGGGUUCGUUGCCAGAGAUCUGGAGCUCUUGGUGAACAGAACUCUGCAUAUCAAGAUGAGCACAGAUAAAGAAGGUUUCUCUAGCAAGUUUACCCUGACUGUUGAGGACUUUGAGGAGACUCUCUCAACUUUCAAGCCUGUAUCAGUCCGGAAUGUUCCACUGCACAAGGCUGGAGACUUGGGCUGGCAGAAUGUGGGUGGGUUAAGCAGUGUCAAAAAGGUUCUAAUGGAAACAUUGAAAUGGCCCACAAAGUACCCACAGUUGUUCAGCUCCUGCCCCUUGCGUCUGAGGUCAGGGAUCUUGUUGUAUGGUGCUCCAGGCACAGGCAAAACACUUUUGGCUGGGGUUGUGGCCAAGGAGUGUGGGUUGAACUUCAUCAGUGUCAAGGGUCCUGAAGUGUUGAACAAGUACAUUGGAGCCAGUGAGCAAGCAGUUAGAGAUCUAUUCACAAAGGCACAGAGUGCAAAACCGUGCAUUCUGUUCUUUGAUGAAUUUGAUUCUAUUGCUCCAAAGCGAGGUCAUGACAGUACUGGUGUAACUGACCGAGUGGUGAACCAGUUGUUAACUCAGCUUGAUGGAGUGGAAGGUUUACAAGGAGUGUAUGUGUUAGCGGCCACAAGUCGCCCUGACCUUAUUGACCCAGCACUGCUGAGACCAGGACGGCUGGAUAUAUGUUUGAACUGCUCAAUGCCAGAUGAGGAUGAGCGGUGCGCUAUUUUAGAAGCACUCACUCACAAGAUGUGUCUUGCCGCCGAUGUCAACUUAAAAGAGAUUGCUGCCGUCUGUGAGCACUUCACCGGUGCAGACUUGAAGGCUCUGCUCUACAACGCCCAGCUCAAGCCAGGAAGCAGGCCAUUCAGUCCUGUCUUCUGCAGACGUUCCAGAAGCUAUUGUCAAACCUGUAGCAGUAGCACAAGGAGAUUAUUGAGCAAAAAACCUGCUACUGACGUCCUGUCGCCAUCUGUGGAGAAGCCAGUCACUGUAUUUACUUCACUGGAAAGAGGCUUGGCUACGUUAACUGUUGAAGAUGAGGCCAGGUACCUUGCUAUGGUCAGGUUAAUACAGCACAGAGAUGAAGUUCUUUUUGAAGCAGCCAAUGCCAAGCGAAGAACCUCACUGCAGCUGGAGUCAAAACCCUCGGUUUUGAUGGAGGUGUCUCACCGCCACCUGGUGGAGGCCGCUAAGUCCAUGAGGCCAUCUGUGUCAGCAGCUGAAAGGGACCGAUACUUGAGAAUAUAUGAAAACUUUGUCUCUUCAAGGAAAGGGAGCUUUGAAAAAGCACAAGAGGCAACAGUUGGAAAAAGGGCAACAUUAGCCUGA